CGGCUGGAGAGGGAUGGGGGGCGUCCGCUCACUCUGAGCUUCGCCACGGGCGCCUUCGGCUCACGCAGCGCUCCUCGCGGGCCUCGCGCGCACCCCCGGCCCGAGCAGCCUUUCCCUGGCGGGCGCACUCCGACAGGCACGAAGGGGGCGCCUGCCCCGGUGGGUGGGGCGGGGAGGGAACCUGAGGUCACGAGCUCGUCUCUAGAGGCAGGGGAGACCGCCGGGGAAGCACAACUUCAGUGCUGCGGUGUCCAGUGGACGGACCCUCACCCUCAGCUCGGAAAGUCUAACCAAUGUGAAAUAUGUUGGAGAAGGGUUCACGUGGCUGAAAAGAAAAAGAAAAAAGUGUUACUGCCCAUCAGAAAACAAAACAAAACAUGGGAAAUACAACCACCAAAUUCCGGAAAGCACUCAUUAAUGGUGAUGAAAAUCUAGCCUGCCAAAUAUACGAAAACAACCCUCAGCUAAAAGAAUCCCUUGAUCCCAACACAUCUUAUGGGGAGCCCUACCAGCACAAUACUCCCUUACACUAUGCUGCUAGACAUGGAAUGAAUAGAAUAUUAGGGACUUUUCUUUUUGGUAGAGAUGGAAAUCCAAAUAAACGGAAUGUGCACAAUGAAACAUCUAUGCAUUUGUUGUGUAUGGGACCUCAAAUUAUGAUAUCUGAAGGAGCCCUUCAUCCUCGCUUAGUCCGCCCUGCUGAAGAUGAUUUCAGAAGAGCAGAUUGUCUGCAGAUGAUUUUAAGAUGGAAAGGAGCAAAACUUGACCAAGGCGAAUAUGAGAGAGCAGCUAUUGAUGCUGUUGAUAAUAAGAAGAACACAGCUCUGCACUAUGCCGCUGCUUCAGGGAUGAAAACCUGUGUAGAGCUUCUAGUAAAACAUGGAGGAGACUUGUUUGCUGAGAAUGAAAAUAAAGAUACUCCUUGUGACUGUGCUGAAAAGCAACACCACAAAGAUUUGGCCCUCAAUCUGGAAUCUCAGAUGGUAUUCUCACGGGAUCCAGAAGCCGAAGAAAUAGAAGCAGAAUAUGCUGCGUUAGACAAACGAGAGCCAUAUGAGGGGUUAAGGCCUCAGGAUCUUCGUAGACUGAAAGACAUGCUUAUUGUGGAAUCUGCGGACAUGCUUCAGGCACCACUCUUUACUGCCGAAGCCUUACUGCGAGCUCAUGACUGGGACAGGGAGAAAUUACUUGAAGCUUGGAUGUCCAACCCAGAGAACUGCUGCCAACGAUCAGGUGUUCAGAUGCCAACUCCACCGCCAAGUGGGUACAAUGCAUGGGACACUCUCCCUUCUCCACGAACUCCACGGACUACACGCUCUUCUGUCACCUCUCCAGAUGAAAUCAGCUUGUCUCCUGGGGAUUUGGAUACAAGUUUGUGUGAUAUUUGUAUGUGCAGUAUUUCUGUAUUUGAAGACCCAGUGGAUAUGCCCUGUGGACAUGACUUUUGUAGAGGAUGUUGGGAGUCGUUUUUGAAUUUAAAAAUUCAAGAAGGUGAAGCUCACAAUAUUUUCUGCCCUGCAUAUGAUUGUUUCCAACUUGUGCCUGUGGAUAUCAUAGAAAGUGUAGUUUCUAAAGAGAUGGACAAACGCUAUCUACAGUUUGAUAUUAAGGCUUUUGUUGAAAAUAAUCCUGCCAUUAAGUGGUGUCCUACGCCUGGCUGUGAACGAGCUGUCAGAUUAACAAAACAAGGAUCAAAUACUUCUGGAUCUGACUCCCUCAGCUUUCCAUUGUUGAGAGCACCUGCUGUGGAUUGUGGGAAAGGACACAUCUUCUGCUGGGAGUGCCUUGGUGAAGCACAUGAGCCUUGUGACUGCCAAACAUGGAAAAACUGGCUUCAAAAAAUAACUGAAAUGAAACCAGAAGAACUCGUGGGAGUUAGUGAAGCUUAUGAGGAUGCUGCCAAUUGUCUCUGGUUGUUAACCAACUCCAAGCCUUGUCCUAACUGUAAAUCUCCAAUACAGAAGAACGAGGGCUGCAAUCACAUGCAGUGUGCUAAGUGCAAGUACGACUUUUGCUGGAUUUGCCUAGAAGAAUGGAAAAAGCACAGUUCUUCCACUGGAGGCUAUUACAGAUGUACUCGCUAUGAAGUGAUUCAGCAUGUGGAAGAGCAAUCCAAGGAAAUGACUGUGGAGGCUGAGAAAAAACACAAACGGUUUCAAGAACUUGACAGAUUUAUGCACUACUACACAAGAUUUAAAAACCAUGAACAUAGCUAUCAGUUAGAACAGCGCCUUCUUAAAACAGCCAAAGAGAAGAUGGAGCAGUUGAGUAGAGCGCUCAAAGAAACUGAAGGAGACUGUCCAGAUACUACUUUCAUUGAAGACGCAGUUCACGUGCUCUUAAAAACUCGGCGUAUUCUCAAGUGUUCUUAUCCAUAUGGAUUUUUCUUAGAACCUAAAAGCACAAAGAAAGAAAUAUUUGAACUCAUGCAAACAGACCUAGAGAUGGUCACCGAAGACCUUGCUCAAAAAGUUAAUAGGCCUUACCUUCGCACACCCCGCCACAAGAUCAUCAAGGCUGCGUGCCUCGUGCAGCAGAAGAGGCAAGAGUUCCUGGCGUCAGUGGCUCGGGGAGUGGCUCCUGCAGACUCACCGGAAGCUCCACGGCGCAGCUUUGCUGGUGGAACAUGGGAUUGGGAAUAUUUAGGAUUUGCAUCACCUGAGGAAUAUGCUGAAUUUCAGUAUCGGAGGAGGCACAGGCAGCAUCGCCGACGCGGAGACUUGCAGACUCUGCUCGGUGGUCCUCUGGACACUGAUGAGCCUAGUGAAAGCACUUUAGACACCCCUGAAGGUGGCGGUGGCCGCAGACCCAGCACCUCCGUGGUGAGUUCCGCAUCCAUGAGUGUGCUUCACAGCUCUUCGCUGCGUGACUACGCUCCUGCCAGUCGCUCUGAAAACCAGGACUCGCUUCAGGCUCUGAGUUCCUUGGAUGAAGAUGAUCCCAAUAUACUUCUUGCAAUUCAGUUAUCAUUGCAAGAGUCUGGACUGGCCAUGGAUGAAGAAACUAGAGACUUCCUCAAUAAUGAAGCAUCCUUGGGAGCAAUAGGCACUUCUUUACCUUCCAGACUGGACUCAGUUCCUAGGAAUACAGAGUCUCCUCGGACUGCACUGAGCAGCUCUGAGCUGUUGGAACUUGGUGAUAGCCUUAUGAGACUAGGAACAGAGAGUGACCCUUUUUCAACUGACACCCUUAGUUCUCAUCCUCUCAGUGAGGCGAGAAGUGAAUUCUGUCCCUCAUCCAGUGACCCCGACUCAGCUGGCCAAGACCCCAACCUCGAUGACAAUCUUCUGGGCAAUAUCAUGGCUUGGUUCCAUGACAUGAACCCUCAGAGUAUUGCCCUGAUUCCUCCAGCAGCUACAGAAGUCAGUGCCAAUUCCCAGCUCCCCUGUGUAAAAGAUGGCUCAGAAGUCGGGAGAGAUGUGGAACUGGUGCCCCCAGAAGAAGAUUCCCUGUUUGAAGAUGCUGUUGUUGUAAGUGAAGGUAGAGGACCACAAAGAGAAGAAGAAAAUCUCUUAGAGGAAAGUGUUCUGGCUGGGGAAGCAGUGGCUCAAGCUGUCAACACAAGUAGUGAGGCAGCUGACAAGGGAGAUGGUUCAGAUGCCUCAAGCCAAACCCCUCAAACCUCAAGUGACUGGCUUGAACAAGUACAUUUAGUGUGAACUGUGCACCUUUGGGCUCUAGCUGCAUCGCAGGUACAGAUGGCAGACGAGGUAGAAUAUGCUUUAUAGAGACUUGGAUCCUCUUCAGUUAGAACCACUCAGUUAGAAAACACUGACAUUAGGAUUGACCAUUAAGGUGUUCCCUCUAAUGGUAGCUUCAUUUCUAAUUUUUUACUUGCAGGGAAUUUCUUUUGUAUUUGAUUGGAUAGGUUUCCCCCCAUUUUUGCUUACAAAAAGAAGAGCACUAGAGAAAGAAAUAGGAGUAAAACAGGUCUUUUCCACAUUCUAAGGAAAUGUUUUCUGCUUAGCUGAAAGUUGGCAGUAGGUAAAUGUUUAAAUUACUGGCUUACUCCUUUCUGCUUGGGUGGUUUCCCU